AUGCUGAGGGAUUAUCAUGGCAGCAUGCUGAGGGAUUAUCAUGGCAGCAUGCUGAGGGAUUAUCAUGGCAGCAUGCUGAGGGAUUAUCAUGGCAGCAUGCUGAGGGAUUAUCAUGGCAGCAUGCUGAGGGAUUAUCAUGGCAGCAUGCUGAGGGAUUAUCAUGGCAGCAUGCUGAGGGAUUAUCAUGGCAGCAUGCUGAGGGAUAAUCAUGGCAGCAUGCUGAGGGAUUAUCAUGGCAGCAUGCUGAGGGAUUAUCAUGGCAGCAUGCUGAGGGAUAAUCAUGGCAGCAUGCUGAGGGAUUAUCAUGGCAGCAUGCUGAGGGAUUAUCAUGGCAGCAUGCUGAGGGAUUAUCAUGGCAGCAUGCUGAGGGAUUAUCAUGGCAGCAUGCUGAGGGAUUAUCAUGGCAGCAUGCUGAGGGAUUAUCAUGGCAGCAUGCUGAGGGAUUAUCAUGGCAGCAUGCUGAGGGAUUAUCAUGGCAGCAUGCUGAGGGAUUAUCAUGGCAGCAUGCUGAGGGAUUAUCAUGGCAGCAUGCUGAGGGAUUAUCAUGGCAGCAUGCUGAGGGAUUAUCAUGGCAGCAUGCUGAGGGAUUAUCAUGGCAGCAUGCUGAGGGAUUAUCAUGGCAGCAUGCUGAGGGAUUAUCAUGGCAGCAUGCUGAGGGAUUAUCAUGGCAGCAUGCUGAGGGAUUAUCAUGGCAGCAUGCUGAGGGAUUAUCAUGGCAGCAUGCUGAGGGAUUAUCAUGGCAGCAUGCUGAGGGAUUAUCAUGGCAGCAUGCUGAGGGAUUAUCAUGGCAGCAUGCUGAGGGAUUAG